CUCUCCUUCUUCCGGUUCGAGCAGCUUCAGCCAUUCUUCUUCUUUUUGUUUUUCGACAGUCACUGUAGCAACAGUGACUGUUCAACUUCCAAACCACAAAAUUGACAUCGUCGUUCACUGGAUGGCCACGCUACCUUCACGAAAAAUGUUCAUCUCGUCCUCCUCUAUAAAACCCACCCAAGACCCGAUCCAAUUGGCUACUGAUGAGCUCGAAUCGAAGCUAAGAAAUGGUGAGGCUUUUUCGGCUAUAUUUUUCCAUUUGCUGGCGACUCCGGCACGAAAUCCGUCGAGCCAGGCAUCAGAGGCCAAACUGAACCACAGGAGGGACCUUCAAGAGGUCCAGCUAGCUCGGACCAGCAGCAGUCGAGUGUGCAGGAAUCCACCACCAGGCCUUCUCCUAGCUCCCACGCUACUUCCAAGCUGUAGGAUUUCUUGUAACCUACUUAAAUUCUUGUAAACAAUUAGUAACUGCUCUGAUAUCUGGUUGGAUUAGAUAACCAGAACUGGUGAAUAUUUAGUUACCCUAUUCUGGCAGUUGGUGUGGAUUUAUCAGUUUGUUUGACAGGUGGAAAAUUUGGGUUUAGUCAAAUUACAGAGGAGUCUCUGCCGAAAUUAAAGCAGAAGUCCAGAGAAAGUUUAACCAUAUUUAUCUCCAGGAAGGGUAAUGAGGUCAUUGUGCCCGACAAUUGCCAGGUGUCGGACACGCACAGGGCUUGGCUCGAAUUCCAAAGCGGAAAUUGGGUCGGGUCCUGUCAAUAUCAUUUUCAUCAUGACUGAAUGAUAGGUUUAUUGGUGCAGGUAGACACAAGCAAGGGGUAGGAGAGCUCAUCGCGAUUUAUCGACGGGGUCAGAAUCUAAAAGAAAUAAACCUCGCCAUUUGAGUUGGGAGGUGCCUUGAUAACAAUUAAUCCUUUAAAGAAAGCUUGGAAAAACAAGUAAUUCUUUGCUUCCAAAAAUUGGGAGUUUAAAGAGGAUGAUGUGGGCUCUGGUGCUCGAGUACAGACGUGCUUCUGUCGAGCAAGUGGGUACUUGCAUGUCAUGUAGGUCAACAUGUUUUUAAUCAGUGCACCUUUGUAUGAUUGGUUGACGGUCUCAUACACGGUGUAUAUGAGGUUUUGCAGAUAUGUGAGCUAUAUCUUCCAUUCGGGGUCAGAAGUUGGAGCAAAUUAUGAGAGUCCAAGCUGAGAAUAGCAGCAUCGGGAGGUUGGGCAAGAGGUUGACCACUCCUUCCAUACUUGUAAAGUUCGAGCUCGCAUCCUCCUUACCAAGGAAGUAUUCACCAAAGAAGAGGGCAAGAAAUCUGGGCUCUAGGCUCGCAGAGUCCUUGAGGAGAGCUCUUGAGGAACAAAGAAAGGCAGAGCAAAGAAAGGACGGUGGUGGAGGCAAGGUUGGCCAACCUACAAUUCCCAUGGAUGGUGAUCCCGAUCCCCUUCGAGUCAUCCCUCCUAGCACACCUUCUUUACAACCAACCAUUGUGCUCAAUGGGGAUGGUUCCACGGAGAAAGACAGAGAUAUGGACACGUCGGCAGUGGAACUUGGUCCCAAGAAGCGAAGGGUAAAUAAUGGUGACAUAAACCAACACCAGGCUAACUUUUCAGGCCUGAGGAUCCACUCGGCCUUCACCUUAUUCUUUAGGACAUGUCAGCUUAGCAUUUGCAAUUCUAAGCUUGAAGGAUUUGAGGGGAAGUCCCAUAAUGGAAAGAUAAAUAUGACUUUGCAAGCCACGCUAGAGGCUACUUGCCUCCAAUAUCAUGCUUAGCUCGAGACCCAUGGCCUUCUCCAAAAACGGAGCUAUGAGAUCAAGGAACUAAGGAAGAAAAAUGAAGAUAGUGACCUUCUAACAGCCAAGCUAAGGUUAGUGGUUGACCUCGAAAUGAAGAAAGUCAGUGAUGCUAAGUCCGAGUUGAAGAGCAUGGCCAAGAAGCAUGCCAAAGAUCUUGGUGUCAUCUAAGAGCAAGUGGCCAAGCUUAUUGGUGAGGUGGCAGAGCUGAGAUCAACCAAGGAUAAGAUGAUCACAGAAUUCAAGUCUUCUGAUGAGUUUGAGGGGCUCAAAUCAACUUGCUGAGAUGAGGGAUUUCAAUCUUACAUGAAAGCCAUAAGGGGCAAUAAUUUGAACAUAUUAUAUUACAAAACGAUCAAUUUUUGAAAUUACCUAGUGAUAGAAAUUGUCAUGUAGUGCAAAUCACAUUCUAAAAGAUUCCGAAUUUUGUAUAUAAAAAAAUGUGAUUAACCAUAAUAUUGAAUAAUAGACAUAUGGUCAUAAUA